GCGAGCCGCAAGCAGAUCAGAUCAGCAGGCCUGGUACUGCGAUGUCAAUUUCUGAGCAGGCUGGUAUGGGGGAAGACAGUAUGGUGGCCUUCAUUCGGUCCUGCAUGACGAGCAUACUGCAACCUUUCGGGCAAACUGUGGAUGAGCUGCAGAAAUAUGUGGCGACAUUGUCAGAGAGCUUGAGCUCUUUGGGUACUGAUACUGAUGCUCACGAAACGAGAUUGUCUCAGCAAGCAGCGCUCAUUGAGAACCUACGUGCGGACCUGGACCGAACAUCGGAGCAGGUUCUUGAAGCACGAAGUUUGUUGGACACCACCGUAAAGGAAAAAGCCUCCAUGGAGGAGCAGCUGGUUGCGUUGCAACCAAGGGUGGAUCAGUUGGAGCAGCAGGCAGCAGUGGCCAGCGAUGCCCUUAAGGAGCUACAGCCCAAAGUGAAGGAGACACGUGCCAGACUCGCCAGGUGUGAGGAGGGCAAGUUUGAGACCGACCGGGAUAUUGCUCAGCUUCGUGCUUCGCUGGAGAAGACAAAGGCUGAAUUUGAUGCCUGGGAACAGACACAUGCAGUUCUGGUCCAGACAGUCAACAGCAAUAAAGCCGACUUCGAAACCCGCUUGCAGGAGAUCCAAGUACUGAAUCGGGAUCUUAAAGAGCAGAAGAAGACGGCAGAUGAAUUUGCUAAUCAGCUUGAAAACAGGCUGCGGAGUAUUGAGGAAAAAGCGCAUGAAGCGGAUAAAACCUUGAAAGAGCACGCCGAGAAACACCAGAUGGGUAGCACAAGCACUGCACAGCUGCAAGGGCGGACUGACACAUUGGAAAAGGGCCAUGAAGAUACAAAAGAAAGGUUGAAGAGCUGCGAGGUCGACAUCACGGACUAUCGAGUUCUUGCUGUGGAGAACAAGGAAAACAUUUCAAGAGUGCUGCAGGUUGUUUCAAGUCCAGAUGUCUUAACCAACAUGGAGACAGGGAUCAAAGAGCUGUCAAUUGGUAUUCGUCAGAACUUCGAUUCAAUUGAAUCUUUGAACGGACGUUGUCAAGAGCUGACAGAGGAGAAGGACAAGGCUCAGCUCAAGACUGAGAUCUUAAUUGAGUCCCUGGAGAUGCUGAAGAUGCAGUCGGAAAGAGUCGAAAGUAUUCUCGGCUUGGACCCCAUCUCCCAGGACGACGUGUCCUCUCCAGGAUCGCCGGGCAUGGUCUUGAAGGGAGGCAUUCUCCUCACAGACCAGCAAAUUGCGUCUUUCAAAGAAAUUUUCGAAGAAUUCGAUGCUGAUAGCUCGGGCACCAUCUGCAUCACGGAGCUGGAUGGAGUGAUGCAGAAAGGUGGCCUAGACCCACCAAUGGACAUCGUUUAUUCGAUUCUGGAGUCUAUUGAUAUGGACAAGAGUGGUGAUAUUGAUUUUGACGAAUUUUGUGCAUUGCUGACGAAGAUGUUGGGUGCUGAUGGAAAAAUUGAUAAGGAACGCAUGCUCCAGAGUAUGUAUGACAGCCUAUCUUAUGACGCCAAAACACGCAAAGCCGUGGAGACAGUAAUCCAGCACACUACAGAAUUGCAGCAACACAAGGAGAUGAUUGUCAACGACCAGAACCGGCUCAGCGAUGCAGAUGUUCGGAUAGGAACCCUUCAAGACAGCAUCGAGACCUUGAACUCGGAAGUGAAGAAACUGAGACAAGGUCUUGACUUGAAUCAGGAGUACUGGAAAGGCUUCUCACGGGGCUUGAAGGAGACCAGAAAGACGGUCGCAGAAAGUGAGGAAGGCAUAAGCUACGAAGCACCUUGCCUCCACUCUCAGCCCGGCCGUCGACCGCGAUUUCUACCUCCGGGUAUGCUCCUGUCAGUGCCGGCCUAUAGCCAUAUCGCCGAGAUCCUUGGCUGCAGCGAUGCCUUCCCUUUUUGUCCACGUUUAAGACAGUCUCCUUGGACGGGCAGCCACACAAUGCGGAGCACUGCGAGAGCUCGGGCAUUUGCAGCCAGGAAGUCUGAAAAGCCACUGCCUUUCGCAACUGUUCAGCUGAGCUGCGAAGCAGUGAUCAGUUUGAGAAGCAUUUUUCGUUUCAAAAUUUCCGGGGAAGGCCUUGUGGCAUGGCAGGCCGUGGCGAAGCUCCAGAAGGUGGGAGAGAAGGUGCGGGUUUGUGAUGAAACGAUCCUGCAACGAGUCAGUCUUGUGCAGAAAGCUUCAGUUUCACAGCAAAUCCUACGUAUUGCAAGACACAUUGAGAAUCGUAGCUUGCAGACUUCGUGCAGGAGCACAGCUCCAGGUGAGCUUGGCCAGACGUGGGGCGCACUGGGGCAGCCAAUGAUGGGUGCACUGUGGAGGAACAGGGAGCUAGAGAGUGAAAACCGGCGCUUGCGUGAUGCCGUAGCUCGACGGCAAAGUCAGCUACAUUCAUUGCAGCAAGCUGCGAGCAGCAACUCCGGAUCACGGCAUGUGUUGCUCUCUCUUGACGCUACGAAUGCUUGGCCUGGACGAGGUGCUUCAGCAAGCUCUGAUGACAAGGCUCGUUCAUCACAAGCCGCUCAAGCAGGGCUGCCGCUUGAAUUGUCUGCUUCUAAUCUCAGCGCAGCCAGCUCAAGUUCAACCACAGGCGCAAACGGCGCUGGAGCCUCCACCGAUUUGAGUCGGGGCAACGUAUCUCCAGCAGCUGUUGCCUGCACGCCUAUGUUUGGGUCAGUGGCACCAGGAUCUGAAAUUGACUUGCUGCCGGACUUUUCAGUGCCUUCGGGCCCGUCGCAGAUUCAGCUAAAGGUCGUGCCGCCACAAGCGCAGCAGCAACAGUCACCGUCGGCUCCAACUCAGCCAACUCAGCCAACUCAGCCAACUCAGCCCCCAGCGGCUGUUCAGAUGCCGAGUCAGCAACCGCAGCAAGCCCUUCAACCGCAGCAACCGCAGCAACCACAGCAACAGGCAGCGAGUGGUGCAAGGACAAAGCUGCAGCAUUCAGACACCAAAACCAAGCUUGAGGAUACAUUGCGGGAAUUGGCUGACAACAUUGGCACAACAUUGCCACCAAAGCCCAUACCACCAGAGUUGGAGCGCAAAGACAGCAAGCCGAGUGGGCCACUGUUACGGAGCGAAUCUUUUCCAGCAUCCUCCAUCAGUGAGCCCAACCACGUGGAGGGCUGCAGCAAGGAUGUUCAAGGCUAUGGCACUCCAGUAGUUUACCAAAACUGGAGGAAGGGGCACGUGAAGGAAGGAGCUGAAACCAAUAGCGAGAAUGGUGAGCCCUCUGCAAAUGCUUCUGUCUCUUGCUUGCAAGCCUCGAACUCCAUGACUCUCACGCGGAUCUUGGCGGGCCCCUUUGGAUGAUUUUCGAUGAGUUCCACUUUCCUUUUGGUUCCUUUGGACCUUUUGAAUCCUUUGGAUAUCUUUGGAUCAAAUCAAAGUCUCGAGAUCAGCUGUUGGAAAAU